AUGUGGAUACCAUCCGACGAGUCCGAUAAACUGGCCAAUAGCGGAAUAUUGCUGUUUGCUGCUCGUAUUAGGCGCAUGUUUUCGAUAACUCCAUCGGCGUUACUGGGAUGCAAGGAAGUUGCUAUAAUGAGGACACAUGGAUUACCUAUAAGGCUGCCGCUUCCUCCCGGUCCCAGAGGUCUCCCUAUUUUUGGCAAUUUCUUAGAUGUGCCGAGACGAGCGGCCUGGGAAACAUAUGCUGAUUGGGCAAGGCGUUAUGGUGAUAUCAUGUCCGUCCGUAUAGUCGGACAGACUUUUGUGAUCAUCAAUUCAGUUGAGAUUGCACGCGAGCUUUUGGAACAACGAAGCUCAGUUUAUUCUGAUCGCCCGGUCAUUCCAUCACACGAACUGAUGCAGUAUGACCUUAUUCUGUCUAACUCGGGUUUUGGGCAAUGGUGGAAAUCCUGUCGAAGAAUCAUCGAUCGUAGCUUCCGCCAGAGAACUGCGAUUACCUACCGAUCCAUACAAACUCGCAAGAGCGAGCAAUUUCUGAGGAAGCUUGCCCAUAAACCUAAUGACGUUGUCAAUCAUAUUACACAUCUUAGUGCCUCUGCUGUGAUGUCUAUCAUAUAUGGUUUGCAAAUCGCCGACUAUAAUGACCACUACGUUGCACUCGCAGAAGAUACAAACAAAAGGGGAAGUAUCGCUGCCAUACCUGGCGGCAUGCUCAUCAACGCCUUCCCAAUCUUAAAUUCCCUACCAGCAUGGUUUCCAGGCAUGAGCUUCAAGAACGAUGUUCUGACUGCCAUACAGCAAAUUCAGGAAGCCGCCAACGCUCCGUUUGAUUUUGUGAAAUAUGAAAUGCAAAAGGGGACCGCAGAACCGUCGUUUGUUCUCCAAAGCUUGGAUCCAUCUGCAGAGUCGGAUAAUAAUGAGAUUGACGAGAAAGUGAUCAAAUUUUCUGCGCUUUCUCUCUAUUUAGGUGAGCAGCGAAGCGGAACUGUCUCAAUAUUAUCAACGUUCUUCAUGGUCCUCGUACUUUAUCCAAGUGUACAGGAGCGUGCUCAAGCGGAGGUUGACGCGAUCGUGGGACGAAAGCGUCUCCCCGAAUUCGACGAUAGACCUCACAUGCCCUAUAUCGAUGCUAUCUGUCGGGAACUUUUGAGAUGGAGGAUGGUAACACCUAUGGCUGUUCCGCAUGCGACCACAGAGGACGAUACAUAUGGGGGUUACUUCAUUCCCAAAGGCUCGCAAGUCAUUGUUAAUAGUUGGUCCAUUCUCCAUAAUCCGGCUGUCUAUCCCGACCCAGACGUCUUCCGACCCGAACGAUUUUUGGCGCCUGACGGUUCAGUUGUUGAGGAUCCCAACCUCAUAUCCGCCUUUGGGUUCGGUCGGAGAAUCUGUCCUGGUCGCUUUUUUGCUGAUGCUACCAUAUGGAAGGUAGUCUCAGCCGUUAUUUCUACGUUCACCGUCAAAAAGGCGACAGAUACGGAUGGGAAUGAAGUGCCUGUCAAAGUAGAAUUCACCGACGAUAGACUUCUCUGCCACCCCCUUCCAUUCCAAUGUUCCAUCUCACCUAGAGAUAAGCAGGCCGAGGCAUUGAUCGCGCAAAUCGAGCCUUGA